AUGUUCCUGAGCCCGGGAGAGGGGCCAGCGGUGGAGGGCGGGGGGCUGGCGGCAGGCGAGGAGGCCCCCAAGAAGAAGCACCGGAGGAAUCGCACCACCUUCACCACCUACCAGCUGCACCAGCUGGAGCGGGCGUUCGAGGCCUCCCACUACCCAGACGUGUACAGCCGCGAGGAGCUGGCGGCCAAGGUGCACCUGCCCGAGGUGCGCGUGCAGGUGUGGUUCCAGAACCGCCGGGCCAAGUGGCGCCGCCAGGAGCGUCUAGAGUCAGGCUUGGGGCCUGUGGCGGCCCCAAGGCUACCCGAGGCCCCGGCACUGCCUUUUGCUCGUUCCCCAGCCGUGCCGCUGCCCCUGGAGCCCUGGCUGGGCCCCGCGCCCCCGGCUGUGCCAGGCCUGCCCCGCCUGCUGGGCCCCAGCCCUGGGCUGCAGGCGUCCUUCGGGCCCCACGCCUUCGGCCCCACCUUCCCGGAUGGCUUCACGCUGGAGGAGGCGUCCCUGCGGCUGCUGGCCAAAGAGCACGCACAGGCUCUGGACAGGGCCUGGCCACCCACCUGA